ACUUUAAUCUGAAUACUUUCCUCUCACACUAGCCUAAAUCCCCAUUGUCAGAAUCCAAGGAAAGGUUUUGGACCUGUGUGACAGUGUAGGCGUCUCAGUCCUUUCUAAGUUAUUUUUGGCUCAAUCUGACGGAAAAUCCAUUUGUUUUAUUGUUGGACACCAAUUAGAUUUGCAGUUACCCCAAAUUUCCGACGGUAAGUGAAAGCAUCAUGAAGCUUUGGCACGAUCUCACCCACCUUCACUCCUCUACACAAACAAUAUAGGUUUAGGGAGAGUGAGAGAGAGAGCGCGAGAGAGAGAGCGAGAGAGAGAGAGAGAGAUUUGUCAAAUGCUACCCAAGAGCGCAAACAGAGCAGUGUGUGAUGCCGCUGGUCACUAGCAGCUAAAUCAUCCCCGAAUUUUUUGCCUAGUCAUACAACUUUAACCGGAACAGGACUUUGAUUUUGUCGGACAUCUGCGCGCUUUGGCUGCGGAGGUGACUGGCAGGGUGUCAUGGACCCUCUGCUGCCCGCGGACACGGAGCUGAUGGACCCAGAGGCGGACAAGGAUGCGAGGAGGAAGAUCCAGUUCUCGGUGCCCUCCGCAGUGCCCACCCAGCUGGACCCACGACAGGUGGAGAUGGUGAGGGGCAGUUCGUAGAGGGUAGUGUGUGAAGCCUACAUGGAUGAUGAAAGUGGUGUUUGGUGGUGGUGGUGGUGCGUGUAUUAGGAAGAAUGAGGUCAAACUGGGGUCACGUAGCAAAACCUGUUAGAGGAUCACCAGUUCUGUGUAAUUUUUGUGCUGCCAUUAACCAAAUCUCUGUCAAAAAAUGACUAUUUUUAGAAUCUGUGGUUUAGGUGUGCAGUUUUCAUUAUAUUCCAGGGAGAUAGAUGGGAUUAGCCAGGGGCGUAUCCAUACUUUUUAACUGGGGUGGCCCUACUGAAGUGCCAACUUAUGAAAGGGGGGCACUGCUUGUGUUUAUCAUCCCCUUUUUCACUCGUCAUAUUUUCCCUUAUCAUUGAUAUUGACGUUUUGCUUAUCCCUGAUAUCACUGAUCUUGUUACACACUUUUGUGCCAAAAAAGCCAACAGUGGUGUCAUUCAAAAUAAGACUCAAAUAGAUGCACAUCCAAAACACGCAGUUUAAAUUACAUUUAUUCACCACAAUACCUUAUGACAGCCUUUCAUAACACAAAAUAAGGUCAAGUUCAACAUAUGCCCUGACUCAGACCGGGUCAUGCCACCACACUACAGGCCACCAUCUGGAGACACCUCUGUGAAUGACAUGGCUUAGCUGGAGGAAAAAAAAAUGGUGCUGGUUAUGAAAAAAACCUGGAAAAUGCUUGUGUCAAACUUUCAUCCGUACUUUCAAGUACACUCAAAGUUCAUGCAGCUCUUUUCAGUCUUCUGAAGCAUCAAGCCUUGUCACUGAGGUGGACAGACAGUUACAUAAGCAGUCUAGCACGACUUUACAGAACUCUGUAUUUUGAUGUUGGGUAUUUCUCUGUGGGCAGCGCUGGGAUUAAGCUGAGCUGUGCAGCCUUGCUUUUUUGGAGCCUUUUAAUAAAAAAUAAAAAAAAAAAACUGAUGAGGCAUCUCUGCCCUUCAAAAGAAGUGCAAGGGGAAGAGAAGGAAGAGGAAGAAGAGGUGGAAGUGAGGGAUAAAGUAAUAUUGCAUAUGAGAUUAUGUCUGAGUAAUAAAGCCUGCUCCACACACCGAUGAAACAAAGCAAAGGUCAUAUAGUGAGUCAUACGGGAGAAGGAGGUGGCGCAUUAUGUAAAAUAAAGUUAUAGAGCUGUGUAGCUUUUGCUGAACCACUCAAAGCAGGUGAAACAUGCUGACCAGGUAAUGGAAUAGUGCAGGGUGAACAGAAACGACAUUGUCCUGGAUGCAGACCAGCUUUAAGUCUGGCAUCAACGGCUCAAAAAGGUCGUAACACUGACAUAACUUUUGGCUCCAAUCCCCUCAGCAAAUAACUCUCUGAGCUUCCGCUUUUCAGAUAAACAUGCUGGUGCCUUUAUUGCCCGCUGCUCCCUGGAGUGAGAGCUCUUGGAGUCCAACCUUUUCCUUUCCAGUGGAGGAGGUUUUGAGAUUUCACGGUGCAUCUGCUUGGACAGCUUGUUUCAGCGCGGAAUGUAAAAAUAAACUAAUAAAGUCAACUAUUCCCUACACAUCUGUUGUUUACAGCCCAACUUGUAGUCUCUGGCGCUGUUUUCUCACCCUUUUAUUUGCUUUUCCUAGCAGCCCCAUGUGUCAACUAUUCCUUCAAAAACGCUAUUUAGGUUGAACCAACUCCGCUAUCUUGGAACUAUCUUGGAAGAUCUCAAAUUACAACUUCUGCUAAUUACCUCCACAGCCUUCAAUUAUGAAGACCCUACCCCAUUUAAAUUUUAAACUAAACCAUCAUAGACUAAACCGGCGUCAUGUGAGCUGAGUCUGAUUCCCCUUUAAGACUCUGGCAAUCUUCUUGCUCAGGACCAAGUAAGAUUACAGCAAAUCUUCCAGCAUGGAUCCAGUGAGAAUCAAAGCAGCUGCACGCAAGGGUUGCAAGGUUCUUUGCAUAAUACGCUUUAGCAUAGCAUCCUCCUAUAGACUCUGAAGUGAUCCUGUUUGUGUUGCAGCGUCUGUAUGGGAUCACCUGUUGCUGCCGGUCAUAUUGAUGUAAAAUCAGCUGGCAACAUGAGGAAUUUUUUCAAUACUUGUCAUACCAGUGAUCCAGCUGUGGAGAUAAACAGUCACCCAGCUGCAACAUGAUUUUGCCUGUUUAUAAGGAAGACAGCUGGCAUGAAAACCCCCCACUUCCCCUUCUUUAUUUCCUCUGGCACUUUGUGUAGAAACACCAGCCGCUUAUAUAUCGCAAGUCCAACAACACCGUAAAGAAGCUCCAUCAUUAUUACGCCUUUCAUCUUAUACAAUGCCGUAACGGUGGUGUCAUUAUUGCUUUGCAGAAGCACAAUGCGUAAACACAAUAGGAGUAUCCCUGAACACCAAUGCUGUGUCUUUGCGUCACAUAUUGCAGAUGAGGGAGCAAAUAUCCUGCCUUAAAGUGGAAAAACAUAGCUUCUGCUUCAUUUGGGGUUAGAUUAAACUGUCCUGAAGUCUGAAUGCUGUACAAACUAACCUGAUGGAUAACCAGUCUAAGACAGUGUCUUCUACUGUUGAAAGCUGAUAUAGCCUCUGGGUGCAACAACCAGUCCUCAGGGCUUCCUGUUACUCAGAUGAGUGAUGAUGAACUUCUGGCUCAAGACUCCUGUUUCCAUUCACUGGUCAUUUUUCAUCACCUGAGUAGCAACUUAAGGCCUCUUUGAGUAGUUUUUGGCUGGAAAUUUAAUAGACCGGGAUCAAUACUGUUGCCUUUUUAUGGCUAACAAUAGCGUACUAGACCAUUAUAGAGAGGAUUGAUCAAUUUAUAAAAUCACUUUAUUCUCUUAUGAACCCUUCUGUGGGGUCAAACAAGGCAACAUUACGCUACGGCAGCAACUCUUAAUGGAAAAUUUCCCCACCCUGGAUUCAUUGCAAGAUGCAGAUUGAUCUCUUAAAUGUUUUCUUGUCAGGAAACACAACAAACACACAUAAAGGACUAGAUUAGUGUUGAGAUAUCGUCCCGUUUUGUCCUCAGGAGAACCCCAAAGUUCCUCAUAAAAGCUUUAAAUUAGCCCCCCCAGAACCCAAGCAGCCAAUACUACACAGACAAUCAAUGGAAACUGGACCACUUCUUUGCUUACUGAGUUUUUGUUUUAAGGACAUUUUGUGCAGCUGACUCACAGCAUUCCUCAUUCAUUUUUCUCAAGAGAUUCACAAAUGCAUGUUUGAUCUGCCACCUGUUUGGUAAUCUCCUGUCCUCUUAAUGGAUUCUGAGGAUUUGGUUAAUGAAUGACUUCCUUAUGCUCCACCACCCAAGAGUCUGCAAAGUUGGUGUUAUUCACGACUUUCAUCACAUAAAUAGCCUUCUCAUCCGGUCCUGCGAGGCAUGGUCAAGGGCAUGUUGUCCUUUUGUUGCCCUUGUUGCCCACGAAAGAUGAGUGGUUCCUGUGUGUUUCAAGAGUACUGUGGUGUAUGUGAGGGUCAAGCUAGUUCAAACAUUUCCAUAAACAGGCAAUAAGAUUAGCACUUAAAUGGAGAGCAUGAGCAUGGAAAAAAGAGAUGGGUAGAGAGAUAAGAGGAAAAAUUUAGGAAGGAGAGAACAAACAGAGUGUUGUGUUUUCAAGGACACGAGGCAGGAAAUACGAAUAACUGACAGAAGGCAUGAAGAAAAAACUCACCAGCCAAGGAGAGGACUGAUUAAAACCAAAGAGAUUAGCUGUGGAUGACUGAGGUCUGAAUCAAGGGCAAGGGCAGCUAAUGCGAAGAACAAAUUUUCACUGCAGCAUGGCCAAGAGCUCUGAACUCUACAAAUCCGGCAAACUCCUAUCUGCUCCUGACUAUUAAAACACGACAGGGGUCUAAUUUCCUGGGGGUCUAACCUCAGGAUACUGUGAGCAUCUAAACUGUAAUUAUCUGAAUCUUGAUCAAUUUAUAGGCUCCGGUUUUUGUCGCAUUUGCAACAGUUGAAGACGAAGCUGCUCACUGCUGCCACAUCAAUUUAAAACAUGAAACUCGGAUACCAUCCUUUGUUUGUUUCCAACUUCCCGCCUGCUUUUGAGGUGGACAAAUACACAGAUCAUGUAUAGUGAGCAGGUGGUUAAGUGAAGUGGAAUCCCAACAGGAUGAGAUGGACCCAAACACAAAGCUGCACAAAAUACUUAUACAAAGAAGAUUUUGAAGAUUUCAAAUUGAUUUACUUAUACAGUUAAAAAACACCCCUCUCAUUCCACAGUUGAUAGUGUCCCCAUGGCAACAGCAUGUCCAUGUCAGCCAAGUUAAGGGCAGAUUUACCUUUAAACUAAUGCUGCAUUCGAGUUACCUCGGAAGUCAGAAGUCCGCGCUGAAAAUGCCGUCACACCCGAGUUCCCAGCGUCUCAGUUACCAAGUCGGAAAAAGGCAAAAUCUGAGGUCUGAAACAAGAUGGCUAUAUCUACGAAAGUUAUUUUAGCGCUUGCCUUAUGUUCGGACAAGGCGAGCGCUAUAAUAACUUUCAUAGAUGUAGCCAUCUUGUUUCCACCUCUGAUUUUGCUUUUUUGCGACCAAACUGAACUAAACUGCUGGAUACUUGGGUGUGAUGCUAUUUUUAGCGUGGACUUCUGAUUUACGAGGUAACUCAAACGCAGUAUAAGUAUUUACAGAUUAGCUGAGAUUAAAACUUCAGUUCUCUUUCAAUCAGGUGCUUUUGUUUCCUUUCUCUCUGUCACUGUUUCUUCCCUUCUUUUUUAAUAAAUUUUUUUUAUAGUUACCCAGCAAAUCAUCUCCAUUAACGUAAGGAUUUUUGCUUUCCAAAUAAAUUAAAUUUGCCCUAAAAAAGAAAAAAAGAUCUCAAUAUUGUUAACCGGUUUACAAUGCUAACAAAAAGAAACACUUUUGCUAAGGUGUCAACAGGCGGAGGUGAAAUAUCCCAGACUCUUUUCUGCAGAUUGAUAAGAUUUGACUUGGGGGAUCAAGUUGUACCUUGCAACACUGUUCCACGGUGUAUUGACCAAUCAGCAUCAAGUAUUAACACAGCUGGAUAAUGAAGCUUUAAUCUUGUAGGGGUAAGCGGUCACCUGCACCCCGCUGAAAUUUAAUCCCAUGACACGUAAUCCCAGGGUAGCAGGUAGCAUACAAAAAACAUUUUACCUACCAUGUAAUACCGAGGCUUUGCAAGUGCAUAUGUGUACAAUAUGUUCAUCUGUGAGUGGUCCUCCCACUCAUGUUGAAGUGGUUGCUGCAGUGGGAUUGUAUUUCCAGUUAGUAACCAGGUUGAUAGGGUUUAAUAUCACACAUGGGUGUAUUUAAUCAACUCAUCUAGUUUCAGAAAUCGCCUCCUGAGAAUCAAAAGGUCAAAUUUCCAGCUCUGCUGAGGAUUAUUCACAAAGUAAAUUAAAUCCAAGGUUUAAACAAAGCAUAGGAUUUACUGUAUGCUUUUACCGAUUGUAUUUGUUGUUAAGUGGAUAUUUUUUUCUUCAGGAAAUUGUAUCCACCCAAUGCUGUUAUUUAAUGAUUAACACUUGUGUUAAUGUGAUGAAGUUGAGGUUGAGGAAACCAUGAAGGUCAUUUGAAGCAUUAUGCUUUUGUCCUGUGCUGCUCUUUUCUGUAACACUUCUGUAGCCUCGCUGUUUCAGUCUCAUUUUGUCAGAUAUUUCUUUAAACUUAGAAUCAGAAUAGAAACAGUUCGCAUGCUGUCCUUUGUUUUGAUUGAUGCUUGAUAAUGACAGUGACAUUUAGGAGUGAGUAACUUGACCUUCCCGGCCAUUGAAACUGAGAUGUUUUCAGACAGAUUUAGCCAUUUGAGUAGAGAUCAGUCUUCAGUGAGAGACUCUAAAAAUGUCCCUGAACUUGUAAAAAUAGCAGACACUACUUUAUUUUUGGUUGUCCAGAUACCAUCUCAUUUGUUUCCACAUGACUCAAAGGCAUGUCUUCUAUUAUUGUUCAUUCCCUAAACAACUGAAUCAUUGUCGUGUGAAUGUUGGAGAAGGUCACAGAGUCAAUAACUCACAGUGAUUAAUUAAACAAUCAAAAUAAACCCUCAUUAAUACCUCACAUCCACAAACCUGAUUGGUACGCCCUACUUUUGGGCUGAUUCAGGACAGCAGUUAAUACAAUCUGAUGUGCUAAAGUAACACAGUGUUUCUUAGAAAGCACAGGAUAUCAGCCACUAUGUCUGAACACCCUGACAAAUGUGAAGCAAAUCAGUUGCAAAUCAAAUCAUCCAGCAGCUUCCCCGAGCUAACACAGGUAUUUACAGACCUCUCAGACACGCACAACAAGGACCGGAUGAAAUGUUCCCUCUCGGUGCUUGACCUUCUCGCUACCAUGUUAGCAAAGCACCCAUAAAAGGUCACUGUGUCUGAAAAGUGCUUUCCCUGGAGUGUGCUGCUUUAACUGCACGUUCUUUUGUCUGAGUGUGCGUCAGUCAAUCCCUUCUGUUUGUUAGAUCAUCCUCAUGUUGACACAUUUUUGACCCUUAAUUGGAUGUCUUGUAAUUCAUAUUCAAAUUUGUUCCCCCACAGAGGCGGCAUAUUUUAAUUCCAGUGUCUCGUUGAUGAAUAUUUAUGAGUUCAGAGCACACAGCAAAGCAGAAGCAGUAAGAGUUACUCCAGAGUGAAAGCCACCCACAUGUUUCAUGCCUACACUAUUGGCAGCCACUCAUAUCUCACAACAAUCGUAUUACCAUAACAUGUUACAAAAUACAGAGAGUGAUGAAUCUGUUGUAUAUUUCAUAACACUCUUGGUUAUUGUUAGCCAGAAGAAGGUGUUUUAUUAUUUUUGAAUAAGCAAAGGUUGGUGUUUUCUUGGACUGAAUCAAAGGUGAAAACAACAUAAUCCAAAUAGAUGAAAACUGGCAGCAAAAUAUACUUUUGGGUAUUAUCAGUAAAAAUAUUUGAUAAGUUGGACAGUCUUUGGAGAUUUUAUGUUAACUUUGAUUUUUAUGCUUCAACAGAAGUGACUGUUUUCAGUUUUAAUGAGCACUAUCUUGACAUCAGAGUGAUUUUAGACCCAAAGUUACAUGCCAGCAAAUUCCAUUUCAUUUGGGUAAGUGUUUGCUUGACUCACUGUGAGCUCUGGACAUGGAGUACCUGAUAAUAAAAAUUCAACAAAUAGAGAUUUUGUACAGUUUUCUGGUGCUGGAUGAUUUGGACCCAAAGGAGAGCUGAGACAGUUCAAGUUUAAAAGACUUAAACAAUAUGACAGAGAGAUCAGCGAAACUGGCAAAAUCACGCAAAGAGACAGGGAUGAAUCCGAAGUAAACCUCCCCACCCUCCCAUUUAGCCAAGACAAGCCCUCUUGCAUAUCUGUGACCAGUCAGGAACACCAUGACCCUGCAAACCAAAUCAUGAGCAUUUUUGAUAUGGUAAAAAAAGAUGGAGGCAAGCUCUAUUGACCUGUCCAAUAUCCCUCAUAGAUGAAGGCAGGUGAAGACAGAUAGCUGCAGGUCUUGUAAGCACAGCAAUGGGGAAUGAUCCCACAAAACAUGAGUUAAUUUAUUGGAUUUGGACAUGCAGCCCUUGGGACAAUCCAAGAAAAUAGUGCUGAGCAUCCAUGACGAGGGCGAGUUAGUUAAUAACCAAAUUGGCUACCCCAACUGGUACGUUGAAAUGACUUUUAAAAAACAUGAUAGCACAUUUGUCGGCUGAAAUCACACUCAAUCAAACUCAUGCAAUCAAACUACAAUUGGUCAAAGCGUUCUACACAGGUUCCAUUAAGGAUAACUGGGUACAGACAAGACAGACAAAGAAAUAACGUAAAAAAGAAGCCAGAACUCUCCUAUCAUACAAACAAACUGUACAGAGCUGUAAAAGUGACAAUGUCUUCGUACAUCUAUCAGCCUCUUGCUUACUCAUUUUGUCAAUUGUACUGAUAUGUAAUAGGUCAACCUUUAGAUAACCUGUUGAGCUGAAAGAGGGCAUGUUUUGGUCUACAAUGGCAGAGGUGGACAUGCUCAUCAUGUCAAUAUUUGGGUUCUUGCCUGGUGCUUGUUAACCGGGACAAGGACAGUUGUCCAGUUCAGUUACCAAAUUUAGCAAUGACAGAAACUCAACUUGUGUGCAUGUAAAUGUACUGAGUGUGUGUUGGGUUGCAGGACUUUGUUGCCAGUUGGCUCACCACCAUCAGACCUCAAGUUUUUGGUCUUGGAAAAACAGAAAGGUUGGAAGCUUGUUGAAAUAAAAGGGAGUUGAGUAUUCUUUUCUUAUUGUGUCACCAAGGAGUGGCUUUUACCUGAUUCUUAACAAAUGAAAACCAUGUCGCGAUCAAUAAAAGAGAGCGAUUCUUGAAGCAGUUCAAAAGCAGAGAUGAGUUGGACAGUGUCCCUGUUCUUGACAGUGAUAUAAUCAAGUCCCCUUUAGUCACUGUAGGUUGGCAGGGAUAGUUCGCCUUGAAGGAAAACCACCCUCCAUCUGGAGAUGAUGACAGCUAAAUGAUUCUUACAGCCAAGAGUCAUGGAUAUACUGUACCUCUCUCGAGCUUAGUGCUGAGGAGCAGAUAGAAAGGAAAGUUUGGCGCUUUAAGGAAUGUCCACCUCAUACAGGCGGUGUCGUGGAAUAGAGAUGAUCCUGGCCUUUUUUAAGGAAAGACAACCAUCCAAAUAAGUAGCUGUAUGAGUUACUGGCCCUCCAAAAAAGUGAAUUGAUUCAAAGUCCAAAGGGUUGGAAACCUUAGUAGGAUCAAGAGAUUUUGAUGCUGAGCAGGUUUUAUAUGUGUAUAAAUGUACCACUUUUAGUCCUGAAAAGUCAAAUCAAAUCUGUUACGUUUAACCCUCAAAGUAGCCCAAAGGUUACACAAUCAGUUCGACUGAGAAGUGGCCUUGAAUGGCAUCAAACCAAAGAAACAGAGUUCUCCAAAUCACUAAUCCCCGAAGGCAAAAGGGCCUUAUGUGGUAGUAAGAUUGUUCACGAGGGUUUAAGAAUAAGUCGACAUGCAUCUUAUGAUAAAUUUACACACUGGAGCCUCAGUGAUUACCACCAAAUGAUGAAACAUGCAAUAAAAUAGCAAGCAAUUUUAAGUAAUCCAGCUGCCGUCGAUGACAAGAUUUAAUCCUCAUUCAGGAAUAAUCUGGACAACAAUCUUUUGAAUGAUGUUAUAUAAUGAUGUGCAUUUUCUCAUUGCAUAGUUGUCAGAAGAAAAUCCUCUGCAGGCAAAAUGUCAGAAGCCGCACGGCUGAAUGAAUAAAAUCCAUCAGUCAGAUACUCUUCACACCUUAAUCCUUCUUUCUGGAUGGGGCUAUUUGUAUAAGGGUGUUACAUUUGCUCACAAAUAUGCCAUAUCUAAAAAUCCACAAAUAGCAUUCUCUAAAACUUUUUCUGUCUUUUAUCAGAUACGACGCCGGAGGCCGACACCAGCCACGCUCUUCAGACUGACAGACCCUCCGUCACCUGAGGAAGACAUAGGCCCUCACCAGGUAAAGAAGCCACUGUGCUACUACUGUUGUCUUGAUUGUUAAUCCCUAAAACUGUUAGCUGUGGCUCUCGCUGUGUGCACAGACAACAAACAGCUCUUGUAUACUGUCAAAAGACAUUCAGGGAAUUGGAGCCAGUGUGCAUCUAUAGGUGCCAUUUGAACAAGAGUGUAUUUACAAAAAUCUGUCAUGUCUGCCAGUGGUGAAUGUUGGAGACAAUUGGGAACCCAAGAGCAGAGAUUCGCUCUGACAGACUAGCAGAUGCGUGAAGAAAAAAAUACUUAAGACAACAGGCUUACAAGUAGACAAAAGAAACAACAGUCAGACAAACACAAGAGGUUGGCAAGGAAAAAGCAUCAGGUGAAACACAGGAAGACAGCUGUUUUUCAGGUGACUCAGGUUAUAUCAGGUGACCAGGGUUGCAGGCAGUAAUGACAAAAAUGAAAUCAUUUGUCUUUUUCUCGUCACACAUCCUCACAAAAUGUCAGGGAGCUCAGCAAAUAACAGAAGAUGAGUUGAUCAGGCUACUUUGGUGUGGAAAAUCUGUAUGCGUUAAUAAUAAACUGGCCCGCCAUCAUAAACUAGUGUGGCUUGAUUUUAAGGACACGAGUCUGUCAUGGUGGACUUCUCUUUUGUUGAGGUGGUUCAACUUAACCCAAGGCUGAAGGAGAAAAUAAAGGUGUCUUUUAGCCAUUGAGGGUCAAGUUGGACACAACAGAACAUCAUCUGCAUAUGAAGAGAUCUAUGGACACCUGUUGCUUAUGAAAGUGAAAAUGAAGCAUCAUCCUCAUAUGUGUCUUACAGUGGGAUGGAUGUUGAACAGUGUAUCUGCUUAGAGGUAAUAAUAUGAUGAAAACGCCUCAGAUUUCAUAGUGCUUUAUCAGAGACCCUCAAAGCGCUUUACAAUGAACACAUCAUUCAUUUGCUCACACAGUCACAUCUAGGUGGUGGUAAACUACCUUAGUAGUCACAGCUGCUCAGGGGUAGACUGACAGAAACAUGGCUGCUAGUUUGCGCCUACGGCCUCUCCGACCACCACCACACAACACUCACAAUCAUACACCAGAGGACACACACUGAGAGCAAGUUGGGUUAAGUGUCCUGCCCAAGGACACGACGGACAAGGUUUUGACUAUAAGCCAGGCAAGGGAGGAGAUAUUGACAAUGUACAACCAAGCAGCAAACUCUGGUCCUGAGGAAUGAAACUGAUGAGGACCAUCUGAUCAUGCAUGUUGUAUAACUGUAUUUUAGCAAAAAAAUAAUAAUAAAAAAUAACUCUGAUUAAAAAGGUGCUAAAACUAGACAAACAGGUUCUUUUAUGUAAGUUGAAUUAUCAGUCUUUUGUGCCCUUAUCUUGAGAAGAAAUCUUGAAAGGUCUUUUAAUCAUAAAAACUGACUUGACAAUCAACAAAGGCAAGUGAAAUUAAACAAUAGCCUGUUUGCUGGUUAGGGUUAGAGUUAGGGUGAGGUCUAUAAGCUAAAACAACAACCCAACUUUUUAAAUGUCCUCUAGAUAAAUUCUGGACUAAUUCUGGACCUGGAGGGGAGGAGUUUUGCAGGCAUAGGAAGAAACAGACUCCUGGUCGACUUGCUGCCAUACAUUCACAUAAGUCCGACUCAGGGAUAGCUUGGAUGCAGAGCACAGCUGAGCCUGAAGUCUGCAUAGUGACAUUUGUAUUAAAGCUGCUGGGGUAGUAGAGGAAUGAAGUGGACGUGCUAAAGCAUAUAAUCUGUGACACAGCUAGACCCUCCUAGAAAGAAAGACAGAUUGAAAAUCACAGUUAAUAAAGCAGCCAUUGCUACAGCAUCUCAAUGCCAUGCAUGACCAUGUAUUUCUGUAUUAUUUACCACCAGAAAGAAUAGUUUUUGUACUUUAAUAAUAUCCAGGGAUACACUUAAACAUCCACUGUGCAGAUACUGUGCUUUGUCUGUCCUGUAAACCAUGAUUUGGAUGCUUUCUUGCAGUGGGUUUUAGGAGAAAAUGGAGCCUUGAAAGCCAAACUGGUCCACUCGUCGACCUACCAGCCUCCCUCACUUAAAGGUAAUUGUUUUCUCCCAGAUACGUUUCACUAUGUUUCUUUUUUUUCGACAAAUGGCACAAAACGAAAGCAGUUUGCGAGACCUAAUUCUGCCGUGGCAACUGCCAUGUGGUCUUUAUCCGUUUGGAAUAUGUGCCUAUCCAAAAAAACACAGUGAGAGGUGUGUGUGUGUGUGUGUGUUUGUGUGUGUGUGUGAGAGUGAAUGUGUGUGCAGUGUGAGAUUAGGAGCAGAGACAGCUGUGAGUCUGCUCUGGAUCAUCCUGGAUUAUACGGGAGGCAAACAGCUGCAAUGUGGUCUCACUCUAGCACACACACACACAACACAAACACACAUAUGCAAAGAGUCACACAAAUAGAAAAAAAAAAACAUAAAACAUACAUGGCUAUUUCAUAUAAGUUGUGACUACAUACAUGCUGACGCUGAACCGCAUCCGUCAGAGGCUCUCUCUGCACUAACAGUGACUGUUUUUUAAGGUUUAUUAAGAUUUGGUUUGGGAUAAAAUAUCAUUGAAAGUGUAUUCAUGCCAUUCAGAAAGGUAGUGGCUGAGGCAUUAACAGAUUUAGGUUCCCUCAGAAGUGAAUUGUUGUUUUUGAGUGUGUAACCACUGCUGACUCAGCGGUAAAUCGUCUCUUUUAACUCCCUCCUGGUGGCAGGGCUCACAAGCAUUAGGCAUGACUCUAUAGAAAUGGUUCCUCUUGUUGUUUAAAUAAAAGCAUUAGUGUGUUGUAUAACAAGCUCUAAACUCAUCCCAAAGAGACAUUAUCUUUUAUAAGACUUCUGGCAUUUAAUGAAACAAUAACAACACCAGUGCAUUUAACUGUCUGUCCCACUGGUAAUUACACAAGACUUAACUGCCUUUCUUUAGUCUGUAAAUAUAAAUACUAAUUAAGAUCACUAUUACAUUAUCUCUUUAGCACAUUUUUGAGUUAACAGAACAUCAGUCUGUAUGCAGAUGAUAUUCUUAAACCUUUAAUGCCUUUUGUAGCAUAUUUGAUUUACACUUUUAUGAUACUUUUAUCAAAUCAAAAUGAUCAACAAAUUAUUAGAAAACACCUGAAUACAGUCUGAUAACUGAUAGAAAUGUCCUCUUGUGGUUUAUCACUUUGCAAAAACAUCUUAUGUAUCAAAGGAGAUAGAUAAAUAUGUUUGUUAAAUUUUAAGGACAUUUUGAUUUUUUGGGGGGUUUUCAGUAGUAAGUAAAAUAAACAUUUCAGCUCCAAAAAAUUUUGGAUUUUCUGGCCAUAAUUUGUAGUUUCAGGCAUUACAGCGCUAAACACAAACUAUCUUUUUUUUCCCAGCAAAUUCAAAAUUAUUUGAUUUUCAUGGGACAUUUUCUUGUUAUAAAGUAUAAGCGUAAGUUCACAAUUAUCAUAAUCUGAAAGAGAAAGUGCAGUUUAAAAAGUUUUUUCAAAAAGUCAUUGUAAUAUUUACAACUACAGAGAUAAAGGUAAAAAGUUUUAUGAUUUUUGGGGUGACUGUAAAGAAACUCUAGUUUAAAAUGUUAUUUAAAGGCUGUUGUUAGGAGCUUUGGUCCUCAUUGAUUUUGGCGCCCUCUGUCAUCAAAGCUGUAGGUCCCCUCUCUUUGCGGUUCAUUCCUUGUACAUAUUGAAGUAUUUUGACAUGACUCAUUUCUAAUCUUACUAUCUUUUGACCAUCAAAAAAAUGCUUGCUAUGAACGGUUUCUGCAGGAUAGUGGUACUGACUUCCUCAGACACUCUUGGCAAUAGUUUCAAGCACUUAUAAUCACUGUUAGCAAGUUAUAAUAGUCUUGUUUUCUUUUGUAGAUCACACAGAAGCAUAAAUCUUUUUCAUAGCGAACUAAAAACUCCUAAUUGAAGCUUCAAAGAACAAUAAAAACAAUAGAAAAUCUGAAAAUGGUAAUGAACCUAAUGAGAAUGAUAACCCGGUCUAACUUUGGCUCAUGUGGAGCUGCAAACUCAAAACUCAGCCAGUGUUUUUAUCCUGUCUUGUCUUGAUUCAAGCCACAUCAGCUUGUCCCAUUUUCUUGGCAAAAAUUAGACCUAAAUUGCUUGUAAUGUGAGCAGUGGGCAGCAUGGGGGUGCAGUGAUUAGUGCUUUUGUCUCACAGCAUAAAAACCCCUGGUUCUGGUCCCUGGCCAAGUGGGAGCCUUUCUUGUGGAACUUGCACGUUCUUCCUUGGCACGUAUGGUUUCUAUCUGGAUAUUCUGCCCACAAGGAAAGAGGGACAUUAAUAUUAAGUGUUACCAAAAAAUAUACUUAAUUUCCUCAAAUGGAGAUGUUCUUAUUUCAAUGAAUUUGAAAUAUAAAUUCUCUUGUUAAUUUAAGCAGCUCAGGAGUCUUGUAGUUUUCUCAGGAGACCAAAACAAAAGCCUGGACAGAAAAUGGAGUCAAAAUAUGAAGAUGAUCAUUUUGUUUGACUACAGUAAUGUGUCAUUGAAACUAAAUAAAAAACAAACUAAAUCAGUUUCCACCAUCUUCCUGUCUGUACAUUCAUCUUCUGUUUGUAAGCCGGUAACCCGACAAUUCUCCUGUCCCCUGUAUGUAUCUGUCUACUGUAUGUUUCUUGAUGAACUGUAAAUUGGGAAUUUCCCCUUGUGGGAUUAAUAAAGGAUUAUCUUAUUUUAUCUUAAUGAAGCAAACUGGUCCUUUAUACUUUUUUUUCUGAUUUGUCUCUCUAGCUGUCCAAAGGAUGGCCCUAGCCCACCUGUCCUCCCUCGACAUGUCCUCUGUGGACAAGGAUGAUCCCUCUUCAGGAGAGGAUGAGGAGGAGCAUGAGAAGGAGAGUCAGCAGACAGAUCCAGUCACAGGUGGGUUCCUCUAACACUUUUUUGUAAAGCUCCUCUGAUGGUUCGAGACAAAGGCAUUACUCACAGUUUAAAAAAAAAUCCCUUUCUGGUUAGAUCAAAGAGAAGAAAGUGAACCACUCAGAGGUCAGCAAUCUCCACCAGACAGUUUGACAGGGUGUGAUCAUCUCAGCGCCCACAGCGGAGAUGAAGAGGAGGCCAAAGAAAGAGGGGAAGAAAAGGGCGAAUGACAAAAGAAGAAGAAGGCUUACAUGGAGACAGGACUCAAGCGAGGACCAGUAUUGCAUAACACACGUAUGGGCCAUGCGUGUGCAUGCAUGGGUGUACAUAUGAAUGUAUUUGUUUGGGUUUGUGGGUGUGUGCAUGCAUGUGACAAAAGAGUUCAGUGAGCGUAUGAGAGGAGGAGGAGGAGGAACAGACGGACAUUCAGGAAGGUCAGAAUCUUAAUGAGCAGGUACAAGGAAAAGUUUAAUCUGAGACUUGAAAAGAAAAUCACGUCUUGGCAAGCUGAAGGAAACAAGGCCAAAUUCCAAUCAGCCAAGGACACUGCACAUAUAAAACCACAGCUGCCAAGAACUGUGGCACUUUUUUUUUUCAAGUGAGGGGCAGUCUUUCUGUUUGUAAAGUCUGAAAGUUUUUAACAGAAUUUUUGUUCUGUGUUUAUACAUGCAGAGUCAGAGUUUAAGUUUCCUUUAUUUACACCAUGAGGAGUGAGGGAUGUGUCAUGAUACAGGUGCUGAAGAACAUUUACAGCAGAUAGCUGAAGGUAAGACUUCCAGUUCAUAGACAUAUAGCAGAUAGACUGUUUCUGGUGACACGCUCCAUCUUAUACUUGUAUCAAAACUUGACUCUAAUGAUCAAAAUUAAAGGUAUUUUAGGACCCUGAUAAGUCUGUUUUUAGAAAUGGACCAUUUAGUUUGAGCAGAAAUUGUUGGUUCUUACAGUAUAUAAUGCAAAUAUAAUACAGAGUUACAUGAUAAGGUACAGUUUGAUAGAUAUAGUGGUUGCAAUAUUGUAAUUUAAUCCAUACAGCAAUCAAGCAACUCUUUCAGUUUACUUCCCUUCACUUUAUACUACACAUGUUUUCAUGCAAGGUCAGGGAAACCAUGGCAACAGGAGACCAGAUGAAAUCAUAUCAGUCGGAUCAAACUAAUCAUGAUGUUGCAGCACGAUGUUCAUGGUUUGAUUUGACCAACACAGUGAUCAGCUAAAAUAGUAUACUUAAGAAUAUGGUUGUUUAGAGGGGGAGCAGAGAGGACUAUUUUUCUCAGAAACAGUAUAUACAGUAUAUACAUGUAUGAUAAGAGUGAGCAUUCAUUCUUGAUCUUGUAUAUAACAGAUGUUUUGUGUCGGUUGCUAAUAAAAGUGAUAUAACGGGCAUUUAGUGUUGGUGUGGUCUUGUCUUGGUUGGAUUAAUUGAUGAGAACGCACAAUGAUCCAAUCGUUUCUAUUAUUUGCAACAGAACAGCUUUUUUAAGCACGCCGCUUCCCACAGUGAUCAACAAACCCACAGAAAUAAUUCACGUAUGUUUCAGCCCAUUGCUGCUGUUUGUGAGGGAAGCCAAAAUGGCAAAACACUGAUGCCCAGUGCUCAUUUCCUCCAAUUACAUAAUCAGUCUUGCAUUAGCAUCUGAAACGCUGAUCUAAAAUUACAUAAAUUUUUUGCCAUGGCAACCAGAAAUAGAGUAAUAUGAUGUUGAAAAUUGCUUUUGGAGCAUUUCUAAUCACGUUAUCACCUAUAUCUUUAAAUAUAAGCUCAUAAACUUUAAUUUGUAGCUUAUUCGUUGCUUUAUUAACCUGUUGUUGACAUUCUGAGAAAAGAAAACCUGCAAUCAGCAUUGCUUUUUUUUAUUUGUAAUAUCACAAACUACAAAACACAUCAGGUAACACAUCAUCCCUCUACUGGACAACAGUUUACUGACAAGAAGUGUACUAAAAUAUACAGUUUCACAAAUGCUAUGAUAUUUGAUAAAUGUUAUGAUCAGACAUGAUUUUCUGAAAACAAACAAUAGAGGUGUUACAUUCUUGAUGCUGUAGUUGCAGAGUUUGAACUGCAGGUGGCAAUGUAGGAUCACAUUUCUCAAAAUGCAAAUGGGUUUCAGUAACCAAAAGGGCAAUUUUAUACCCUUCUAUUUUGUAUAAAUAAAUAGAUAAAUAAAAUGGAUUUAAGGGAACGUUUCAUUCAUAUGUUUGAGUGUGUUUGAAUAUUUGUAAAAUAAUGAGCACACCAGGGUAACCUCCAACUCAAAACAAGGAUGAAAUGAGUAAACUCAUGGGUAUCAUUAAAUCACGGAUUGUUUUCCUAAGCUGAAACACAAAAUUACCUCUGCUGAACCCUCAUUUUAAUCAGUAAUAUUUUAGUUUGGAGAUUUAAUAAAUCAUUCUUAAGUUUAAUACCCUUUAUCAACCAUCUCCCACUUUCCUCCACUUGAACUUUUAAUCUUUCCUUGCCUUCACAAAGAACACCCCACUCACAUCAUCCACCCCCACCCUCAUGUCCUGGGGCAGUGUGUAAACUUCCAGCCUGAUCAGGGUGUAACCGUUUUCACUCAGACUAGCACAGACCUGGGCCUCGUUCAGCGG